AGGAUGAAGACAUUUUUUACUUAAAAGCGUUCACAAUGUUCAUAAUGCAUUCAAACCUGAUUUCAUCGUCAAGCAGUAACGAUGGCUCGAUUAAUACUAGUAUUCGUAUUUAUGUUUUCAUCGAUUUUUAUCAACAUUUUGGUAAUUUCGCCAUUGCAUCUCAGGAAAACGAGUUCUUCAGUUGGUGACAACGAAGGAACAUAUCGAUUGCCAAAUAAUACGAAACCGGAAGCCUACGAUCUAUUCAUCAGCACGGAUAUUGCUGAUGGCGUUUUCGAUUUUUCUGGUGUCGUCAAAAUUAAUGUAACCAUCAUAGAGGAAUCAAACCAGAUCACCCUGCAUAAGUACGGGUUGGACAUUCAAACAGCAGAUUUAACUUCGACAGAAGGCGAAGCGAUUCCUAUUCAUCCACCGCAAUAUGAUCUCCGAAGAGAUUUCGUUAUAUUCAAAACGGUCAACGACAUUUUUGCACCUGGAGAAACAAUCAUUUUGGAAAUCAAAUACAAAGCAAAACUUCGAGAAGAUAAUUAUGGAUUCUAUCGUUCACAUUACUAUAUCGAUGAGGAAAACAUCGAUGAUGGGUUUGAUAAUAUCAUCACAUAUGGGAAAAAAAGAUGGCUUGCGACCACUCACUUCGAACCAACUUAUGCGAGACGUGCAUUCCCUUGCUACGAUGAGCCAGCACUAAAGGCAACUUUUGAUAUUCAGAUUUCACACAGUUCCAACUAUACAGCCAUUUCGAAUAUGCCACAAAUGGAGCGAAAAAUAUCGGGAUCACGAGCAAUAACUCGAUUCCAACAAAGCCCACUGAUGUCCACCUAUACAGUGGCAUUCAUAGUGUCCGACUUUAGUUACAAGGAAAAAAUCGGAUCAAACGGUUUCAGACAUCGAAUAUAUGCUCAGCCAGACAAAAUCGAUCGAUUAACAUUUGUACUAGAAAAGAGUGAGCAAAUAUUAACUACAUUGAGCAACUACUUGGAAGUGAACUACACAUUGCCGAAAAUGGAUCAAGCAGCGAUUCCAAAUUUUCCUUCCUUCGCUGCCGCAAUGGAAAACUGGGGCCUUAUAACAUAUAGUAGACCAUUUUUACUAUAUGAUGAGGAGGUUGUAAUUAUUAUUUCUCACGAAUUCGCCCAUCAGUGGUUUGGUAACUUGGUGACACCCAGCUGGUGGAACUAUUUGUGGCUGAGUGAAGGAUUGGCGACGCUUUUUCAGCUUAUUGGAACUGAUUUGGUGCAGCCUGAUCGGCAAAUAUUCACUAAAUUUGUGAGAAAUGAAAUGCACUCGGCUUUUCUAUAUGACGCUUCAUUUCGGUCACAGCCCUUGAAUGCUUACAAAGAGAGUCCAGCUGCCAUAAAGGCUGAUUUUGAUGACAUUGUUUUCUAUAAAUCUUCUUCCGUGUUGCGAAUGUUCAUGCACGCAUUUACAGAAAACAGUUUUCGGAAAGGACUAAACGCCUACAAAGCGGUAACCGACAUCGAUCUAUUUGAAAGUUUGGAGCGUGCAGUCAAAGAAGAUGGUAGCCUAGAUAAAGAAAUGAGUGUUAAGGAAAUCUUCAGUUCGUGGUCCGAUCAAAGUGGAUUUCCACUGCUCAUUGUUACCCGCAACUACAGCGACAACACGAUACAAAUAACACAGGAAAGAUAUUUUCAUGAAGCGAAACACGCUGAAGCGAAUCUCACAUCAUGGUGGAUACCAUACAACUUUGACACCGCUAAUAAUAUUGCAAUGAACGACACGAGGCCCGACGGUUGGCAAAAGGAACCAAAUCCAAAAUUAUCAAGCCAACGGAGCAUAAAAACUGGACAUCAAACGAUUGGGUACUUUUUAAUGGACAACAAACUGGAUUCUAUCGCAUUCUUUAUGAUGAACGAAAUUACCAGAUGAUCCUGGAUGAUCUGAAAUCGGGAAAUGCCGACAAAUUACACGCAAACAGUAGAGCGCAGCUUUUAGAUGAUAUGUGUACGUUUCCUCGUGAACGCCGAUUAUUGUUCGAUUUCUGCGCUGAUUUCGAGAAAUACCUAAACAUACAGCGAAAAUAUCGUAGAAUUCUUUAUACAAGCGAUGCGAGUGCUCCCUAAUUUCAAUAGGCAAUUCAAUUUAGUAAUUCAUUUCAGAAGUAUACAACGCGCCAAAUAUGAAUGUUUGUUGAUGAUGACUUUUCUCCACGAUCAAUUGCGCUAUUAUGAGUCGUAUUGGAAGAUAACUUAAUUAAAUCAUACCAAAUAUUUAUUUUUUAAUGCUAUAAAUAAAUCAAAUAAAUUGUUUAAAAAUCCAAA